GGCAGCACAGGUAUAAAUUGUUCGUUCAUAUGUGUUUCGCAGUUCUCGGAUUGCAAUGCUGCAAGGUAAAUGAAAGAGAACAUGGUGUUUUCAGUGUUUGUCCUGCUAGUCUCUAUUUCCUGCUGUAGUACUACGCCUCCAGGAAAGGGUUAUUUGUAUGACAACAGAUUCUAUCUCCCCUAUAAUGCACGAAGCCUACCUCGCCCAACCCGAACUCCAGUUACAACACCAGCAAAUCCGGAAACCACACCGACGAUAGUGAGACCCACCGAGGAGGAUGAAAGACUGGCCAACGAGAUAGGUGUCAAAGUUCCACCGGAUGAUUGUGUCAUUUCCUGGGAAGAUUUCAUAAAAUAUGUCGUGAACAGAGAUUAUAUAGGCAUAUAUGGUAUCAACGAUGACGACGCUCUUAACCCAGGAGUACCCUUUAAAGCCUCGAUAAAAUGGAAUGUAGUAAACGAGACAACAAUGCGAAGAAGAGUUAGUCUCUGGGACUCGGGUACAAACAAAUGUUUGUUUGCUGAUGGUCUGUUUAGGCGAGUGGAUGAGUCACGUGCAAUAUUUGGUUUAAUAAGCGGAAAUAUCUUCGCAACAGCCAAUAGAAAGGACUAUUUAGUGUGUGGAAAGGAUUACAUAUACUGCAUCUUUUUCAUUUGCUUUGAUUCACAAAACAACAGACAAGGCCGGUGUCAUAUUUCACAAACGGUAUUAUUGGUUAGGGAUCAAAGGGAUCAACCACCGAACAGUGAAGGUGUUCGAGAACAACAAAUCAGACUGAAUGACAUACCAUGGACUAACAUAGAUAACGACUUUCAAAAGUGUUUUGGACAGACGUUUGUAGACGACAAGGAUCCGCAAAUUUUCUACACUUGGAAGAAUCCAUCAUGCGCAGUACCUGGAACAGCCCAGUUCGACGAGGGAGUCUUGGCAGGAUAAACGUGACAGAAUCGAAAUAAACAACACAAACUAUAUGCAGGAACAAUUUUAACCAGCCACAUUGUCAUUUAAAAUGCACUAUGCUGUAGUACUUUACUUUCCUGUGUAAUAAAGGAAUUCAACAGA